CUCAGUCACGUGGCACAAGAACCUUUCGGAGCACAAGGAAACUGACUGGUGACGACAUAUCACCCACUAUUGAGCGUAUGACAUCUCCUGUCUCUGGUACUGGUGGAGGAGUUGAAGCGAUGAACUCUAAUUCCUGGCCCCCUGUCAGCAACUUCGGUGGCUGGAGCACGUUUCUCAACUUGUGCAAGGCUGUAACAGAAGCGGAAGCCGAAAUUGAUGAACAAGAA